AUGUGUUUAACAAGAGUGCGCAAGUGGUUUCACAAAGACAUUCAAAAGCACUGGACAAGUACCCAAAGUAAUGCAUCAAGAACGACCCGUAUUCUUAGUUUAAUAUCGAACCAAACAGCUGCAAUAAGGCAGCAUGUUCUUCAGCAGCAGACAGGAAACAAUCGGAAUGAUGUGCCCCUUCCAAGUGCAUACGACGAAACUGCCAUAACAACACAGGUUCUACAACAACCACAAUUAAGGACCAACCAUCAGGAUGGUGUCUUUUCAGGACUACUGGACCAAACAGCUGCAAUAAGGCAGCAUAUUCUUCAGCAGCAGACGGGAAACAAUUGGAAUGAUGUGCCCCUUCCAAGUGCAUACGACGAAACUGCCAUAACUACACAGGUUCUGCAACAACCACAAUUAAGGACCAACCAUCAGGAUGGUGUCUUUUCAGGACUACUGGACCAAACAGCUGCAAUAAGGCAGCAUAUUCUUCAGCAGCAGACGGGAAACAAUUGGAAUGAUGUGCCCCUUCCAAGUGCAUACGACGAAACUGCCAUAACUACACAGGUUCUGCAACAACCACAAUUAAGGACCAACCAUCAGGAUGGUGUCUUUUCAGGACUACUGGACCAAACAGCUGCAAUAAGGCAGCAUAUUCUUCAGCAGCAGACGGGAAACAAUUGGAAUGAUGUGCCCCUUCCAAGUGCAUACGACGAAACUGCCAUAACUACACAGGUUCUGCAACAACCACAAUUAAGGACCAACCAUCAGGAUGGUGUCUUUUCAGGACUACUGGACCAAACAGCUGCAAUAAGGCAGCAUAUUCUUCAGCAGCAGACGGGAAACAAUUGGAAUGAUGUGCCCCUUCCAAGUGCAUACGACGAAACUGCCAUAACUACACAGGUUCUGCAACAACCACAAUUAAGGACCAACCAUCAGGAUGGUGUCUUUUCAGGACUACUGGACCAAACAGCUGCAAUAAGGCAGCAUAUUCUUCAGCAGCAGACGGGAAACAAUUGGAAUGAUGUGCCCCUUCCAAGUGCAUACGACGAAACUGCCAUAACUACACAGGUUCUGCAACAACCACAAUUAAGGACCAACCAUCAGGAUGGUGUCUUUUCAGGACUACUGGACCAAACAGCUGCAAUAAGGCAGCAUGUUCUUCAGCAGCAGACAGGAAACAAUUGGAAUGAUGUGCCUCUUCCAAGAGUAUACGACGAGACUGCCAUAAGAACACAGGUUCUGCAACAACCACAAUUAAGGGUUCUGCAUUAUGUCGUGAUAUCACGCCUUCUUGGAGAAGUAGCCAACAUAGGACAAGACCUGAUGUCAGAGCAGCCCGUAAGGGCCAGGGCCAGGACCAGGACCAGGGCCAGGGCCAGGGCCAGGACCAGCUACCGUGGUGUUUCCUUUUCAAGGUUACAUGACAGCACACUUACAAGAAGACAACAGUACACAAGGAUCAUGCAUUAUGUCGAGAUGUCACGCCUACUUGGAGAAGUAGCCAACAUAGGACAACAGUACACAAGGGACCAGGAAGAUAUCUCCUUUCCACAACCUCCUGACGAAGCACCUGCAACAACGGCACGCUUUCUGACAGAACCACAGUUGAGGCAGAAGUCUGGAGAAGUCACAGAUGGUCAACAAUGUCAGGAUGCUGGCACCUGUUGACAG